AUGAGGGAGUUUGCUUUUGAUGAAGCUCAAUGCUUUUUGAAUAUUGAGUGUAAAGAAAGUUUCUUCAGUCAAAUGGAAAGGACGAUGAUUGUGAAGCAAAUGUUGGAUAUGAUAAGGUCGCCUAAUGGAGGGUUGACGUAUCAGAUUGGGCUGAAGGAUGAACAAUGUAACUUUGUUCCUGAUGGGCGGCCGCUGAGUAGGUUUUUUCUCAGGCGUUGCUAGCUUUACAGUACUCUUUAUUUAGUCUUACAGAACCCUUCUUUUAAGUUAUUAACUGUAAACCUUUGAUAUUAACUUCAAACUUUCAGUCACAUUCCUCCGCUCCGGUCGGCACGGUUUAGUAGAUCACGUUCUACCAUUGCACGACGCCGAAGAGCUGAAGGAUCUUCAACGAAAGUGGGUAUUGACAUUUGAUCUUCAGCCGUUGGACUCGAUUAAAGAUUACUUUGGCACUGAAAUUGCCAUGUAUUUCGCUUGGUUAGGUCAUUUGACAGCUGCUUUGGGAGCUCCAGCUAUAUUCGGGUUGAUCUUGUGGAUGCUACAAUGGGGCGUGGGUAAUGAAAGUAAGCAUUACUGUGGCCAAAUUGAUGAGGAAGGUGUUUGUGAUGGAGAGGAUGGAAAUACGGUAGGUAUUGAAUACAGUGGGUAUUGACAUUAUGUUAAAAAGUUGUUAAGUUGCUGUCAGUGUGGGUUAUGAUAUCAGGUUAAGGUAAGGACUACAAGAGUAAGGUAAGGGAGGGUAGGGUAAAGUAAAGUAGGGUAAGAUAGGGUACGGUAUGAUAGGGUAGAGUAGGAUAGGAUAGGGUAGGGUACGGUAAGCUAGAGUAGGGUAGGGUAAAGGGUAAGGUAGAGAAAGUUAGGUUAUAUCUAAUACGGUUUCUUUCAGUUAUUCAGUGACAUAUGUUUCGUCAUCUUUGCCUUCUUCAAUUGUGUGUGGUCGACUGCUUACAUCGAGCAUUGGAAGCGCCGUCAAGCCGAACUAGCCUUCCAAUGGGGCACAUACGAUGUAGAACGUGACCCACUGAUGGACGAUCCAAGGCCAGCCUUCAAAGGCGAUCUAGCGCCGAACCCAGUCUCAGGACGAAUUGAACCUCACUAUCCACAUUGGAAACAUGCCAUCAUACGGUUUGGAGUGACAUAUCCGAUUACUUUACUUUGUUGUUUGUUUAUGUUCUUGAUGAUGUUUGUUUUACUGUAUCUACAGGAUGUUACUGAACAGUAAGUUUAUGGAAUUUUGAUGAAAACUUAAAAGUUUAGGUAUAAUUUAUUUUUAAAAUUUGGUUGGUUGUGUAGGUGAGGUAGAGCAGCUUAGACUUGGAUAAGAUACGGUAGGGUAGGGUAGUGUGUUGUAGUGUAGGGUGAGAUAAGGUAAUUUAGAGUAGGUUGUGAGAAAACAUAUUAUUUUAGGUAAUAAUUCAGCUUAAAAAUGCAUUUUUUAAAUUUUGGUUAAAAAUAUUAUUUUAGGUAACAUUUUGAUGAUGUUAGCAUAAAAAUAUUUAGGUACUUCCAAGACUCGUUCUUCUUAUCAUGGUUAAUAUACGUUCCUAUAGUCAUUUAUGCCUUAAUGGUUAUGGUCGCCGAUCAGUUAUAUCGGCACUUGGCUUUGUUUUUCAAUGAUCUUGGUAUGUUACACUAUCUUAUUAUAUCCUAUCUUGCCUUUACUUAUCCUAGUUUACUCGUCUCUAUCUUCCUUACUUUAUUAUAUCUUACUCUAUCUUAAAUUUCGCCACUCUACUCUUAUCUUAUAAACAUGACUUUUUCCAGAAAACUACCGAACAGACGACGAGUACGAGACGUUUUUAAUCACAAAAAUCGCCUUAUUUCAAUGUGUCAGUGCAUUUGGAUCACUUUUUUACAUUGCUUUCUUCAUGAACGAUAUGAAACGGCUACGAGAUGUAAGUAACAAAAUUACUGUUGAUAAUGUUCAAAAAUGAGAUAUUAUUAGAACAAAUCGUAUUUUACGUUUUAAAUUAAAAAUUCGUAUUUUACACCAUAAAUACAAUAUAUAACUAAAAUAUUUUAGACAUUAGCCACCCUGUUAUUCGCUCGCCAAUUCACUCAAAACUUCUUUGAAGUUGCCGCCCCUUUCGUCAUGGAACGAUUGAAAUUCUGGAGAUUGAGCUACAGAAUGACGAGAACGUUGAGUGAACGUUCCCUACGACGGCACGUCGAAAUCGCAAAGGAAGAGAAGAUACGACGACAAACUUCAGUCGAUAAAGACGGAAAAAGCCCAGAUUUUGAAAAUUUGGUCGAAAAUGAAGUGUCAUUCAGGUUUUCGAAUGAUGAAAAUGAAGGUAUAACUAAUGGUAAAGCUACUCAAAAUGAUGCCAAUGGUACUAAAAUUGAGGAGAAUGGGCAUAGUUUGGGAGUGAAAAGGCCAAGCACGUUGGUCGAUAAUCAAUUCAGCCCGAAUCGACUGAGGAGAAGCAAUUUUUCGACCAAAAAUGUGGAAUUACUUACUGUAAGGUCGAUUUUUGUACUAUUUGUAACUAAAAAUGAUUUCUUAAAUUAAUUUAAAGAUUUUUGAAGGUUUUUUAAAAUGAUCGCAAAUUUUAGAAACUAGCCACGCCUCAAGCCUCUUCUAAUGCUAGACUACCUUUACCCGAAUUUUGUCCUACUGACAGUAAGUUUAUGGGUUAUACCUCCUUUCACUUCUAUCAAUGCUUUCUCUACUAUUAUACUACCUUUUCUCAGACCUUUGACUAUACCCUUAACUCUACUUGUGCUCCUACCCUUGCUAUACCCUUCCUCUGCCUUUUUCUAUACUUUUGCCCAUAUCAUUGCUCUUACCCUUGCCCUGACGAUUUUCCCUACUCUUGCCCUUUCCAAGUCUUACCCUUUUCCUUACGCUUGUCUUAUCUUUGUCUAUACCUUUGACUAUACGCUUGCCCCUAUCCUGACUCCUACUCUUGUCCUUACCCUAGCCUCUACUCUUGCUUCUGCUCUUUUCCUAUCCUUGAUCGUACUCUACCCUUAUCCUUACCACUCUUCCUACUUCUACCUCUAGACUUACCUUUGCUAGACAUGAGAAACGGGCCGGGCGCAAUUUUCAGGCCCGGCCCGAUCGAAAUUUUACUCAAGGCCGACCCGUUUCUCAUGUCUAACCUUUGCUCCUACGUCUAUUCUUACCCCACCCUUACUCUCCUGCCACUGCCCGUACUUCUACUUUUACUCGUACCCCUUUCUUUAUACUUGCUUCUACUCCUACUUCUACUCUUGCUCUUGACAAAGCCUUAUUCUUUUUUACUUUGCUUUAUAUUAACUUCAAUUUAAGUUAACUUAAUCAUGCCCUACUUGUACAUAUUUAUAAUUUUUUGUCAAAUUUUUUGAUCCGUCUGAAAUAACGAUACAUUUUGCAGAAUUCGUCUUCACAGACGCAGAGCUCCAAAGUUUGAUGACGGUCUAUGCUCGGCCGUUGGAUGAUUACCUGGAGAUGUUUAUUCAAUUUGGCUAUGUUUUACUCUUCUCUCCAGCUUUUCCGUUGGCCGCAGUGUUUUGCCUGUUCUCUAACAUGUUAGAGAUCAGGGUGGAUGCGUUCAAACUUUGUAAUGCUGUUCAAAGACCAUUUGGCAGACAGGUCAAGAACAUUGGGGCUUGGCAGAAGGCUAUGGAGGUAAGGGUGGGGGAGGGGGGAGUGUUUUUUUUGAAAAAUUUUAAAUUUUUUAAAUUAUGAAGUCUUUAAAUUUUUAAACUCAUUUAAAAUUUUUACCUUAAAAAAUAUUUUUUAGAUAAUGGGGGUUCUAGGAGUGGUAGUAAACUGUGCCUUAAUUGGCCAAAGCGGCCUAGUCCAGCGACUUUUGCCCGGUCUAUCCUUCGGUGGUCAGGUCUUAUUAGUAGUGAUACUAGAACAUGUUGUUCUGGCUGCCAAAUUCUUGCUAGAUAUGGCUAUUCCUGACGUUCCUUUAUGGAUAAGGGUCCAAACUGCUAAAAUGGAACAUUGGCGACGGGAGGCUUAUAAGGUAUGUCAUUUUUUCUAGGUUUUAAUAACUUAAAAAAAUCUUUACAAUUUGAUUUGAAAUAGACUUUAUUAGUUUAUAAAUGUCAUUUUCUUUUGAUUUUUAAUCGAUUUUAGGCUUAAAAAGGUUUUUGUUACCAAAAUCUGCCGUAUUUCAAGUUAACCACAACAAAAUGCUCAUAACUUUUUUGAUUUUUACUUUUUUAAAAAUCUGUUUUGAAAUUCAAGAUCUGCUUGAAAUUUUGAUUUAAAAACAUGUGUAAUAUGAUCUAAAAACAUGUAUAACUUUUUCAAUAACAAUUUGAAAAAUUUGAAAUUUUGUGUUUUGGUAGUACAGUGGCAGUACGCCAGACUCAUGUGCGAAAUUAGUUGAGUUCGAGUCCGCAUGGAUAAAAAGUGGUUUUUAUUGAACAAUAGAAUAUAAAAUGAUAUUUUUUGGUCUUUAUUAGUUCUAGAAUGUAAUUUUAAAUAUUUUUAAUUUGCUUUUUACUUUAAAUUUUGAAUCAACUUGAAGUUUAGGGAUAUUUUUAUGGAAGAAUGGCACUAAAAACAGUUAUUUUUUGAAAACAUGAAAGUUUAUUGAUUUUUUUUAGUUUAACAAACAUAAAACAAAGUUUUCGAAUAAAUUUUAAAGGUUUUGGUUUCAUAAACAUACCAUAAUAUUCAAAAAUUCCAGAGAGAAAGCAAGCUAAACUCAAGACGUGGUUCAGCCCACCAAUCUCCAGUUCCAGUCUUCCAACCAGCUUCAGUUCAAAGCUCUUCACCGCCAAAUCAACGUCAUACUGACAGAGUUGAAGUCUCGAGUUCCCGACCUCAAAUUCCGGUCGAAACGAAUCGUGGUUUUGGUCGAUUCGUGAGGAAAAGAGCACCAUUACCUGGACUUUUCAAGAAUUGGGCUCUGAAUAGGACACAUCGAAGUGUGACACCGACCACAAAUCGCCUCAGGUUUGAAGAUCGGAAGGAUAUAUAA